UUUGGAAGACGGAGAGAGAAUGCACUCGACGUAUUUACGAGCCCAAGCUGCCCGCACAGUCACACACGACAUACCGCUACAAUGAGCACUGUGAAAGCUGUGGUUCUCAUCUCCGGGGACAACAACAUUAGAGGCUCUCUCAAUUUCGUCCAGGACCCCUACGGUUCAACCCAUGUGAAAGGGAGGAUUACUGGACUCUCACCUGGCCUUCACGGCUUCCAUAUUCACGCUCUUGGCGAUACAACCAAUGGCUGCAACUCCACUGGUCCUCAUUUCAACCCACUGAAGAAGUAUCAUGGAUCUCCUAUGGAUAAAGAGCGUCACGCUGGUGAUUUGGGUAACAUUGUUGCAGGCCCAGAUGGAGUAGCUGAAAUUUCCAUCAAGGAUGAUCAGAUUCUGCUCAGUGGUCCUCAUUCCAUACUUGGGAGGGCGGUUGUUGUGCACGCUGAUCCUGAUGAUCUUGGUAGAGGUGGACAUGAACUUAGCAAGACUACCGGGAAUGCAGGUGCAAGAGUUGGAUGUGGUAUCAUUGGACUUCAAUCGUCAGUUUAGGCUGGAUUGCUUGUGUAUAAUCGACAGGUUCGAAAGAGAAACCGUGAUGCAAUGUGUAGUUUAUAUUAUUACCCAAUAACCACGUUGAUAGUUUCUGUAAUGUCCUUGAAAAGCACUUUGGAAUUUACAUGAUAAUAAAUGCAAAAUUGGAAGUAGUUCUCAUCAA